CAGCCCGCGGGCCAUGCGCCUUCAGUACUUAGAAGGGGAACUGUAUUAUAGCGAUGGUUUGACGCCAGUCGAGAAAGACCUCCGGCGACGCAUGUUUUACAGACAGGAGUCUGAUCACCUGCGUGAGACACGGGCGUUGAAAGCCAAGAGCAUUAGCUCUAUGAACGGCGCGGACAACAAGCUUGCUGACAACUACGAAGUCCUGAAGAUCCUGGGCAAGGGGAGUUUCGGGGUUGUCAGACUUGUACGCGAGAAAUCAUCCGAGGUGGUUAGCGACAACGCAAAGACGCCGACACAGAAAAAGCCUGUAUACGCCAUGAAGGUAAUCCGCAAAUCUACCAUGUUGAAGACAAGCCAGGAGGGUCAUUUGCGAGCUGAGAGGGACUUUCUGGUUUCUUCCGAGAACUCGAGAUGGUACGUCCUCCCCAUCCAAGCAUCCAAGUUGUACGACCGGGCCAUGGUGUGUGGUACUAAUAAUGGAGGCGAACAGGAUUGUACCACUCAUCGCCAGUUUCCAAGACGCGGCUAAUCUCUAUCUUGUCAUGGAGUAUAUGCCCGGUGGCGACUUUCUGGGGUUCCUCAUCCGCGAGAAUAUUCUCAACGAGCCCGUCGCCAAGUUCUAUAUCGCCGAGAUGAUACUUUGCAUCGAGGAAGCCCACUCGCUACGCUGCAUCCACCGUGACAUCAAGCCAGACAACUUUCUCGUGUCAGCAACAGGCCACCUGAAGAUCUCGGAUUUCGGCUUGGCUUUUGACGGCCAUUGGUCCCAUGACACAAGUUAUUACCAUACUCACCGAUACAGCCUUGUCCACAAGCUGGGCCUGUCGAUAGAUGGCGACACCCAAGACCGUCAAGAGGGUUCCGAGGGGACACUCAAGUGGAUUCAGAACGUGGCCGAAGCGAUGCGGAAGCACGAACGCAGACUCCCUCAAGACGGACACCUGAGCGAUGUGCGGCAGCAGGAACCCCUGCUCAAUUGGCGCAAUCGUUGCGGCAACCGUGCUGCCGCCCGAUCCGUCGUAGGCACAAGCCAGUACAUGGCACCCGAAGUCAUCCGUGAGGGUGACUAUGAUGCCCGAUGCGACUAGUGGAGUCUGGGCAUCAUCCUGUACGAGUGCCUAUACGGACAUACGCCCUUUCUGUC